GGACCUGUUGCUCACUGCUCACAGCCGCAGGAUGAAGUUACCCACACACACUGCAAGGUGGUUUCUCAGACUCCUUCUGGGCUUCAAGCUCGCUCUUACUGUCGACACUUGGAAACCCAGUCCGUCCACUCUGUGGAGGACCUGCUUCUUAGCAAUGUGGCACCCAUACUCUUGCACUGGCAAAUUUCAAACCAUAGUAACGAGUAUAAAGUGGCCGGUCAGUGGAAGUGAAGAGGAGAAGGAGAGACUUGAGGAGGAAUGUCUUCCUUGUGACCCCGGAGGAGGCGGAAAGGAAACUAAAGAAACCGCCCUUUCAAGUCUUCAUAUUCAGAAAUCCCACUUCCGGGGCUUGCGCGCAAUGAAGCGGAAUUUCAAGAAACAGGGAGACAAAGAUUUGUCAAAGAGAUUCAGACAACUGUUGCGAUCGAAUGCGCUGCCUGCUGUCCUUUUCCCUAGAGAGAUCACCCACAUGGCCAUAGUGGGUGAUGGGGGAGGGGCGUCCUCCAGGACCCCAGAGCUUCCCUGGUGAGAGGCCAAGUUAAGGCCUUACCGAUCCUUUGCUGUCUCCGCUUGGCUACUCUUUGAGCAAAAGAAGCUGUUGUAAAACUGUUGGAGGGUACAGCCCUGUCCGUUUCAUGUCAAACACAGACCAACCCUUUGACCCAUCAGCCCCACAUGCUGUGUUAGCCAAGAGAAGUAAAACCCUCUGUCUACAAAGAGACUUGUGCAGAAAUGCUAAUUGCAACUGUUCGUGGGAGAGCAAAAACCUAGAGGGUGUCCCAGAUGUCCCUCAGUGGGAGAAUGAGUACGUUGGAAUAUUCAUCCAGUGCAACACUACUCAUGAAUUAAAAUAGAAUAUGAAUGAA